CCUGGUUGAGUGUUAAAAUGUUGCAUGUUGGAGUGCAUGUGACAUACCAGAUUUGACCUUUUAUUCCCUUAAUUACAUGUACAUUUUGAAGGAUCAUUCAGUUUGGUAUGCCAGCAUAUGAUUAAAGACCUCUAUUUAGUUACAUAACAUGUGAUCAUAUAUUUUCAAUAAUAAUGUUCUUCAGUGUUUUUAUGAUCUCCAGUUAAGGACAGGAAAAUAUUGAUCACAACAUUAUCAAUGAAACAUUUGAAUUUCCAAAUGUUUCAUUGCUCUCUCAGCUGAUCCCUGCAUCUCAUCUCGUCGGGAUGCAGCUGCAGCCAACAGUGCACAGUGGAUUACUCUCCACAUGCGCUUAUAAUGACCAUUGACUUGGCUUGGCCGUGAACGCGCGCUCCGUGAGCCACGGUCAUUCCUCUGUACUGUGUGUGUGGAUGGUCGCUCCCUGGGUGCUGCCGAGCGCUGCCUCCUUUCACAGAUCCGCCGCCGCUCACGUUCAGAGCAUGCCCGCCUUGCCCCGCCGUUUCUCCGUGUUGAAGACUAUCAACGGAAGACGUGCAUGUUUGUUUGCGCACUGCUGCGUUCGUCCGGUUUCGGUCCAUCAGCUUUGUAACGACCGACAGCGAAUGGAUUGCUCCGUUUGAUUCCCCGCUUUGGUGAGAUGUAUACAGGAGACUUAUAGCCUAUCCUCUCCAGCAGCUCACCCCCCAUUCUGUGCUCUCAUCACACGCUGUUUAUGCGCAAUAGGACAUUGUCAGUAGAGACUGGACAGAGAAAAAGUAUGAAAUAAACAAGUGUCAAGUAGCUCCGGGCUGUUCAACUGGAGGGAAGGAAAAGUUCAAGUUGAAGGAGGAGGAUUAUGCAGUGAGUGCCGAACAGAGCUGGAAACAGGUGACUGAAGUGGAGACUGACAUCACGGAGGCCUGCUAGGAGGCCCCUCCAUCUUCCCCCACCACCACCCUCUCCUCCUCCCCCACCUCCUCCUCCUCCUCCUCUGCGUGCAUCUCUUGUUCUCCCUGCAUCUCUGCAUCCCCUCCACCGCCACCAAACCUCAGCAUGGAUCUGAAGGACCGCAGGCACCGCUCCCUGACCAGGGGUCGCUGCACCAAAGACUCUCAGUACAACACGUCCUCCCUGGACACAGACGAGUGCCGUGUGCCUACCCAGAAGUCCUACAGCUCCAGCGAGACGCUCAAGGCCUUCGACCACGAGCAGAGGCUGCAUUACGGCGGCUGUGUGACUGACCUGGUUCACCACGAGGCGGAUGAGUACUCGAGGCAAGGGGGGAACUUCACCCUGGCAGAGCUGGGAGUGUGCGAGCCCACUCCCCCUCCUCACCCCGCUGCCGUUCCCUACUGUCCCGACCUGGGCCUCCUCCAGAGGGGGUACUCCCUCAGCGCUGGCUCCGACGCCGACUCGGACCCUGAGGGGCCGCUGACUCCAGAGAGAGCCAUCCAGCUGUGGGCAGGAAGAGGAAGAGUAAAAUCCCGCCGCAGCUCAGGAGUGUCCAGCCGCGAGAACUCGGCCCUCACUCUCACCGACUCAGACAACGAUAACAAGUCUGACGAUGAAUCAGCUUACCUAGAUGAUGAUGAGGAUGAGGAUCCGUUUGGAGACUAUGUCAUCAGUAAGUCAAGUCUGACUGUAGCUUCUGUGAGACCACUCCGCCCCACCUUAGCUCUCUCUUUCUCUCUGCUUGUCCGUGAUCGUGUUUGAUGUGCUCUCGUGCUGUGUUUGUCCGUGUGUGAUUUACUGUUUUGUCCAUAGGUUGAUGAUUUAUGAAAGCGGCUGUUACACCGUGUAAUAACUUUUAACGGGGCUCCAGCAGGGGAGGGAACAACACCACCUCUGUGUGGGGACAAAAGGCUUGCUCUCUUGGAAAGUGUGAUUGCACACAUUACCAUAAUAGAUGUUAUAUUCACAUGUCCACAAUUGAAACGUUGCGUUCUCUUUUGUCCAUUGUUAAAAGUUGUCAGGACGUUGGCGGUAGGUGCAAACAGGGACAGUCAAAUAAUUGGUUUCUGUACAUUACUCCCGUUUUCCAUCUGAUACAAGGCGGGGCCAUUGUUCCUUUUGCACAUGCCUCAUCUACAUUUACGAGCUGCUUUCAUUAUGAUCUCCUGUUCAUUAGCACACGUCCAACUGGUUAAUCUCCCCGCACUUGAUCAGGGGAAAUUUCCCAGAGGGUGCUCCCCCCCCUGCCUCCCCACCAACCUCACGUUCCACAAACUGAAAGUCAGCCGUAUAUAUUUGUGUCUCAAAGAUUGUUUUUUUUUCUUCUAUGAGGAGGAAUUAGUGUUAAUGUUUGUGUUAUUGGACUACAGAGUUCUCAGCAUUUUUUUUAUCAGAAGGAUUAAGGAGCGAGUGAGAGUACAGUGUAUGGUAAAAAGAUGAAAAAUAAGCCAGUAUAAAAGUUAGAUGUUGAAGGUUAUUUCUUAUGUAAUGCUGCUUGUGCAAACAGAUUUUUUUUUUGUUUAUCUUGUACAUAUUAGACUUAUGACUUAAGGUCACAGCCUUAGUGAAUAGGACAAAACACAUGUUGCAGCAGAGACCUGAGGAGGUAAGACAGCACAGAUUCUCCGCUCUGAAUCAUGUAAAUGGCUUUCAUCUUAAGACACACGUGAACAGAUGUGAGGGCAUGUUUUACAGCACACACUUGUAUUCACAGUUGUGCUCCCACAUACUUCCUGCUAGAUAAUAACGUGUGUCGGCUUCUCAGAAUCUGCUUUUAUUCUUGAGGCCUACAUAUGUUCUGAAUAUGAA